CUAAGCCACCCGGCCGGUCGUCAGGGCCUUGCUGGCACAGGCUGCAGCCUGGGCGGGGCGGUGCUCGGGAUCUCCAGGCUGGACCGCCCAGAACCGAAAGCAGCUGCGGGGAAGCGGGGAGGAAGGAGAGGAGGCUGCAGGGCUGGGAGGUGGGCGCCGGGCCCGGAAUGUCCGCCCGCCCGGUGCUUGCAAAGGGCCAUGGCUCUGCGGCUGCUCACCCACUUCGACGUGCGGGCGGACGUGCUCCCGAGUCUGGCGGCCGAAGCAGGCGACACAGGUGUUUUAGAAACAGCUUAUGAGAGUUUACGUGUACUAAACAUUGAAAGAAAUGGAAACAUUAUUUAUACCUAUAAGGAUAAUAAGGGAAAUGCUGUCUUUGGAAUCUAUGACUGCCAAACCAGACAGAAUGAGCAUCUGUAUACCUUUGAGAAGGACAUGCAAGCCGUCAGCUGCUCUGUCAACAGCGAGAGAACUUUGCUUGCUGCAAGUUUUGUUCAGUACACUAAAGAAGGAGUGAGGAGUGAGCUUCAUCCAGGAUCAAAGUGCUUAACGUUGCUGGUCGAAAUCCAUCCUGUGGACAGCGUGAAGGUUCUGAAAGCAGUGGAUAGCUGUAUUUGGGUCCAGUUCCUCUACCCGCAUGCUGAAAGUCACCGCCUACAGAGCCACCUGUUACUGAUUUCAGAAGAGAAAUAUAUCGAGCGGUUUCAUAUCCAGAUCACCAGAGAAGAUGGAAACAGAGUGGUAAUUAGAAAUUCCAGCCAUCUCCCAAGAGACAGAAUAGCUGAAGAUUUUGUUUGGGCUCAAUGGGAUAUGUCAGAGCAGAGAUUAUACUACGUUGAACUGGAGCAAUCAAAGAGUGUCUUGAAAUGCAUCCAGUUUUGGGCAGAUGAGAGCUUUACUUUAAUGUUUGAAAUGCCCUUGGACAUAUCAUUGAGUGGCUUAAGAUUUAAAUUUGUCAACUUUGGAUAUGAUUAUCGUCAAGACCAAGAAAAGUUAUGCAACCAGCCUUCUCUCUGUGUUUUUACCAAUCACACAGGGAGUUUGUGUGUGUGUUACAGCCCAAAGUUUGACUCUUGGGAAGAAGUCACAUAUUCAGUGUUUUACCUUCAUAAAGGGUACAGAAAGACCUUCACUGCUGCUCCUGGGAGUGCUGGCUCACACGUGGCAAAGGGCAUUACUUUUCUCAACCUUGGCUGUCUUGUGGCUGUUUAUAUCCCUGGUCAUUUCCUUCAUUUACUUAACAUCCAGCACCCAGACUUGACCUGCCACAGUCUGUUUCUGACAGGAAGCAAAAUGGCAGCAGUGCUACCUCCCAGUCCCUUACAGUCCUUGCCGGGGUCCCUCGUACUGGACUGCUCUUCUGGAAAGGUCUAUAGAGCAACCGUUGACCAGUCGUAUCUGAUGUGGUUCCUAUGGAACGCAGCCCGCCUGGACUGUGACAAGAUGGCGGCAUUGCACUGUGCACUCUUGUGUGGUCAGGACCCAGGUUUCCAGGAAGACCAGGUUAUUCAGUGGAUUUGUGAACAUGCCUCUGCCUGCCAUUCAUUUGACCUCAUUCAGGAACUUCUGAUUGCUUCUUCCUACUGGAGUGUGUAUCCAGAGCUGGCUGAUGUGGACAAGCUCUUAGCACACUCCUCUGUGCUGGCUUGGAAUGAGGAAAUUCCUGGAGUGAUGCUUGUGACAGAAGAGCUCCCAUUGCUUCUUAUGAAGGUCUACAACUUGACAGGGUACUGGGCAAAGCUGAACUCCAACCUUGAGUAUGUCAAGUAUACGAAGCCUCACUUACAUUACCACAACAGUGUUGUGAGGAGGGAAUGGCACAGCCUGGUCUCUGAAGAGAAAACGGGAAAAAGAAGGUCCACGAUGUACGUGAGGAACAUUCUUGACAAUGCAGUAAAGGUGAUUUUGAACAUGGAAACAAGGACAUUGGAGCCAAGGUUAAUACCCCUCUUACAAGAGGAAGAUAGGCACCAGAGGCUGCUCGUGGGCCUGAUGGUGUCUGAGCUAAGAAACCAUCUAGUGAGACACCUACAGUGUGUAGAAAAGAAGAAAAUUGAACAGACGGUUCUGGACUACAUUUCAAAACUGCUGAAUCUCACUUGGUGCAUGCUGGAAACCAUCUGGAGAAAACACAGUGCGCAUCCCUGGGUUCCCCGUCUAGUGUAUAACAUUUCGUGGGAGUCUCUGCCUGUGGUUCUCAGAGGCACGACGCGGGAUAACAGAGUGUGCGGCUCACACACUACUUUGCUGUCUUUACCCAGCAAUAAGCAUGGCAGUGCUGCAGAGUUUGAAGUUUUUCACCUCAUGACCAGGAUUUUGGAUGCUACUAACAGCCUGUGCUUCCCUCUGCCUCCUGGUUUCCACUCCCUGCACACGACUCUUGGGGUGCACUGUCUCCCUUUGUACAACCUGCUACACUACAUUGAUAACGGGGUGCUGCUGCUCACUGAGACAGCCGUCACAAGGCUUAUGAAAGAUCUGGACAAUUCAGAGAAAAAUGAAAAGCUAAAAUUCAGCAUCGUUGCGAGGCUGCCUCCGCUUCUGGGCCAGAAGGUCUGCCGGUUUUGGGACCAUCCCAUGAGCUCCAACAUCAUCUCACGGAACCAUGUGGCGCAGCUGCUGAAGGACUACAAGAAAGAGGCAUGGUGAGACAGUGCACAGCAAAUAUGAACGAGAAAGCCCUCUUCUGGAGGAUGCUCGGGGCCUCACAGAAGCCAGGCGAGUGCACCAUCCUCUGCGGCACCCAGUGUGAUCCUGUCACCUUUAGUCACCAGCCUUCCUCCUGCUAGCUGUUGCUUUCAGCAGCCACCGCUAGCAGCUUCAGAUCUCCAGCCUGGGAACUGUGGGACUGCUGUUCCCUUCAGUCUGCCCUUUGCAUCUGUGGGUUCUGGCUCAGUUCUGUAUUGGGGCAGUUCCUACUCAGACCACUGGAAAAGCAAGGCUUUUGGCUCAGAAAGAAAUAGAAAGGGUUUUACUUUGUACACAGACUACAGAGAUAAGGUCAGUUCUAUUUGAGAAGUCCUCUUGCUAAGGAAACUUGAGUACUGUCCUUGAAAAGUUAAGGCUUCCUUCCUGCGGGUUCACUCAGGGAGCUUGUUUUGGACUAAUGUUUACAUUUGCUAUAUUUCUAGACUCAAAACUUCAUCUCUCUGGUGCUUGCCAGCAAACUAAGAGUAGGAAAUGGCGUGAUAGCAGAAGUUGAGGCAGGGAGAGAGUGACGGUGGGGAUCGGUUCACUCAGGCAGACCUUCUUGGCUAAGAGCAGCGUGUCCUCCUUGCAAGCCUGGGUUUUGCCUCUGAGCUUGUUUGUGAGCUGAGACACCUGCUCGUAGAUGAAAUCCUUCUCCAGUAACUUCUCCUCCUUCUUGGCCAGCUGAAGUUCCAGCUACAGUUGGAAACAAUUUCAGUGGGAGUUAAAAAGUUACCUGUGUGAGGCUAGUCUUUGCAGUCCAUCCUCCACCCCAGGAUAGACACAUGGCUUUCUUAGCUGUGAAAAACCCUCUGAACAGCCCAGGAGCUGUGCUAUGUCAGGACGCCUCGGAGAGCCCUUCUGCUGCGGGCGGACCAUGGCCCUCUGCCUCUGUGUGGUACCCACAAUGCCUUUCUUUCCAGGUGUUCCCUCCAGGAUGACAAAUUAGCAUAUUCACCCAAGAAGUCAAAAUUAGUUAUUGGGCUAGGAGAGCAGGGUACCUUUGUGUGUGGAAACCACUGAAUCUUUACUUGCUUGGGUAAAUGUCUGAAUCAAAGUUAGGAUUUAGAACUACUUUACAGCUAGGGACAGAGUAACAAAGGGUAGGUCUGCAGCAGGAGGGGAGACGGAACUGCAGCAUCCAGGAGCAAACAAGAGCAUUCACCAUAUCCAGUUUCUUGACCAUUUCUUUUUCCGUCAGAUCUUUCCCCAGAAUGAAGCGGACUCGGCCCUUACUGUCGGGAUCUACAAACCGUUUCUCCAGGUCUUUUAUUCUGUCUGUGCACUGGGAAAACUGUUGAACAAGAAACACACGUUAGCUUUAAAUUUAACUCCCUAGCUUAGUAAAUCUCAAAUCAUGCAGACAGGCUCAUUUGUGGAAUUACACAGACGCUGUGUGGAAUAGACCCUGCAUGGGAAGGCAGCGUCUGUCUGUCUGUCUGUCUGUCUGUCUGUCUGUCUGUCUGUCUCCUAGAAGCACUUUCAUUGCUUCCAAGUGUGUGUGGUGCUCAUGAGACGCUGUGUGGUCAAGGGCUCAAAGCAGUCUUGGCCGCUUCACUGUAGGUGUUUCAGAGACUGGAUAGCUGCCAUACAGGAAGUUGCGUAUCAGGCCAGCUCAACUUGUACUCUGUGAGCAACAGUCUCAGCCACUUGUAUACUUUUUGUUAAAGUGCCUUUGACUAGAUUACAGCUGUAGAAUCACUGAGCCAUGGACGUGGCUCUGAUGACAAUAGUCCAGGAGACCAUGAUUCAUGAUAACCCUUGGGAUUAGUCUGUUGGACAACUAAAAGCUGUUUAGAAAUAAUCAAAGGAAAAAGAAGCAACCUGAAAAUGCUGCAAAACAGGGAAAACAAGACAAAAGGAAACAACUAAAUCAGAAACACCAGAAUGCCACCAGAAGCCGGCCUUGGAGGACAGCGUGCAGGUGAGGCUUGCCCACAGCUCGGCAUUUCCAGGCCCACAGUCAGUGCAUGUGAAAUUACAUAUCAAGUGCAGCUUGAUAACGGAUGGGCUGCUUUCUACACACCUGCUCCAGAGCUUAUGGAUGGCCCAUGGGUCUGAAUUCAUGUGCAACCUCGAUGAUAAAGGCUUGUCAUCAGACACGGCACAUAGUAACAUUAAACACGGUACAGUCACCUCUUGUUAAAA